UUGUGAUGGGCUGGACUGCUGAAAACGAAAGUAUAGGGCUCUACGAUCAGGCUUCAUUAUUUUCCAGUCGGCUGGCAGCGCCUGGAGUGGCAGGAAAUGGACCCAUCUAAGGUGGUAGCUGCCUCUGAGAAGGAAAGGACACCAGCAGGGGAGGAGAGUGAAGAGCUGUCCAGCGAACUCCCCAGCACCUCUUCUGGAAUGUUGACCCCGUCUGGAGAGAAGCGUAUGGAUCUGGAGUCUGAGAUCUCUAGGCUGGAGGAGGAGCUGAAGGUGCUGAAGGCAGAGGUCAACAGGGAUGAGCAGUCUACCAGCACCUCUUCUGGAUGGUUGACCCCGUCUGUGGAGGAGCAUGAUCUGGAGACUAAAAUCUCUAUGCUGGAGAAGAAGCUGGGGUUCAUGAAGAAAUCCUUCAGGUUGGAUGUUCCAGCUCUGCUGCUGACCAGUCUGGAGGAGCUCACUAAAGAACAGCUGAAGAAAUUUCAGUCUCGUGGCAGGAUGUUAGGCUUUCCUCCCAUCCCAGAGAGUCAGCUGGAGAACACUGACAGACAGGACACAGUGGAUCAGAUGGUGAAGAGAUACGGCCCUGAGGGAGCUGUGAGGAACACACUGAAGAUCCUGAGAAGGAUAAAGCGACAUGAUGUAGCACAGAAGUUAGAGAGAGAUCACAAAAGAGCAACAACAUGGCGGAGAGACUCAUCAAACAGUGAUAAAUGGAGAAGGAGGAAGAAGCAUGAGGCAAUGAGAAAAAGAAAAAGAAAGAAAAAAGAAAAAAGAUCCUUCAUGUUGGCUGUUCCAGCUCUGCUGCUGACCGGUCUGGAGGAGCUCACUGAAGAACAGCUUAAGAUAUUUCAGAUUUCCCUGACUACGGUCCAGCUACCUGACUUUCCUCCCAUCCCAGAGAGCCAGCUGGAGAACACUGACAGACAGAACACAGUGGAUCAGAUGGUGAAGAGAUACGGCCCAGAGGGAGCUGUGAGGAACACAUGGAGGAUCCUGAGGAGGAUGAAUCUGGAUGAUCUGGCAGAGAAGUUCGAGAGAUAUUACAGUAGAGGUAUUCCCACUAAGGACUACAAGUCCUUAGUCCAACCCAGGCCCUUCUACAGCUCAUUACCCACCCGUUUCUCCAGCUCCUCCUCCUUCCUUCCCUCUGGCUCGUCUAAGGAGUUGCUGUCAUUAACUACUGGUAGCUCAGGACAGCUCAGCUCACAGAGACACCAAAUAUUGGCUGUUCCAGCUCUGCUGCUGACCACUCUGGAGGAGCUCACUGAAGAACAGCUGAAGACAUUUCAGUUUUACCUGACUAGUGGCAGGAUGUUAGACUUUCCUCCCAUCCCAGAGAGACACCUGGAUAACACUGACAGACAGGUCACAGUGGAUCAGAUGGUGAAGAGAUACGACCCUGAGGGAGCUGUGAGGAACACACUGAAGAUCCUGAGGAGGAUGAAUCUGGAUGAUCUGGCAGAGAAGUUACAGAGAGAUCACAUUAGAGCUGUAUCUACAACAGAAACAAAAUGGUGGAGCAACUCAUCAGACACUGGCAAUGAUGAAGAGAGAGAGAAGAAACAUGUCCAUCUGUCUGGACGUUCUAGAGCCUUGGACAGAGAGGCAGCAGGCAGCAAAGACACUGGAAUCACAAAGGACAGAUAUGAGCUGGUCACGAAACCUACAGAGAAGAAAAUCGAAGCUCUGCUGCUGGCCACUCUGGAGGAGCUGAGCACAGACGAGCUGAAGAUAUUACAGCAGGAACGGAUUCCAAGCAAACAGCUUCCACCUUACCUGACUGGCUUUCCUCCCAUCCCAAAAACUCAGCUGGAGAACAAUGACAGACAGGUCAUAGUGGAUCAGAUGCUGAAGAGGUACGGCCCUGAGGGAGUUGUGGAGAUCACACUGAGGAUCCUGAGGAGGAUGAACCGGGAAGAUCUGGCAGAGAAGUUUGAGAGAUAUCACGGUAGAGAUUCCAGCCCUGUCUUCUCCCAAGCCCUCUAUCCACCCAGUGUUGUCAUGGAGAAGCCUUCCAGGUUCCUUCCCUCCUCAGUACAGCACAGCUUACAGAGACCCCAGAUAUGGACUGUUCCAGCUCUGCUGCUGAGCAGUCUGGAGGAACUCACUGAAGAACAGCUGAAGACAUUUCAGUCUAACCUGACUAGUGUCCAGCCGCUUGGCUUUCCUCCCAUCCCAGAGAGCCAGCUGGAGAACGUUGGCAGACAGGUCACAGUGGAUCAGAUGGUGAAGAGAUACGGCCCUGAGAGAGCUGUGGAGAUCACACUGAGGAUCCUGAGGGGGAUGAAGCGGGUAGACCUAGCAGAGAAGUUACAGAGAGAUCACACUAGAGCUGUAUCUACAACAGAAACAAAAUGGUGGAGCGACUCAUCAGACACUGGCAAUGAUGAAGAGAGAGAGAAGAAACAUGUCCACCUGGCUGGAAGUUCUAGAUCCUUGGACAGAGAGGCAGCAGGCAGCAAAGAAACUGGAAUCACAAAGGACAGAUAUGAGCUGGUCACGAAACCUGCAGAGAAGAAAAGAGAAGCUCUGCUGCUGGCCACUCUGGAGGAGCUGAGCACAGACGAGCUGAAGAUAUUUCAGCAGGAACUGACUCUAAGCAAACAGCUUCCACCUUACCUGACUGGCUUUCCUCCCAUCCCAAAAACUCAGCUGGAGAACAAUGACAGACAGGUCAUAGUGGAUCAGAUGCUGAAGAGGUACGGCCCUGAGGGAGUUGUGGAGAUCACACUGAGGAUCCUGAGGAGGAUGAACCGGGAAGAUCUGGCAGAGAAGUUUGAGAGAUAUCACGGUAGAGGAAAGAAAAGGAGAACAAGUGAGGAACCAUCCUGGCCUGGUCUAGUUUCCAGGGGCGAAAAGAUUGAGGAGCAUUGUGUCCCAUUCCUUGGCAGAGCCCCGUUCUUCAUCAAACAUAAGAAAACCCCAAAGCUAGAGAUGGACUUUUCAACCAUCCUAGGGAGCCAACUGAAGAUGGCUAACAGUCUCAACACAGAGGUAUCUGUGAACACUCAGGAGAACACCCAGGAGAACACCCAGAGGAUUGAUGAUGAGGAGUUGGGAAGAGAAAGGGAUUCUCCUCUCCUGGAUCACCAUCACAUGAGUUCUCCAGAUGAAUUUACACCUGAAAUCCACGAUCAGGACAACAGGGGAGAAUACCGGUUCCAGUGCCCCAGUGCAGGUCUGUUCCAGUGCAGUAUAACAGGCCUGGUGUUCAGGAUGGAGGGAGAGGGAGAGGUGCUCUAUAGGACAGUCCACUGGGACAUGAGGCUUCUUUCCCAGAGAGGCAAGAGACCUGCAGGACCCCUGUUCAUGUUUACAUGCCUUAAGGGGUCUGUCUGUCAACUACACCUCCCCCACUGUGAGAUCUACAAUAGUGGUGGAUGUGACUUCCUGUCUGUAGCCCAUGUGACUGAUGAUGACAUCAUUGAGUUUCUCCCUCCUCUUGAGACAACAGAAACACAUGUCAUAAUAAACAUCAGUGGAUUCUCUGCUUAUGGUGAAGUCAAGGAUGAAGACUCUCCCACCAUUCCUAUAAGAGCACUUGUCUUGUUGUUCUACAAGCCCCCAGUUGUUCCUAAAAAGAGGUCCAUCCUGAAUGUGUUGUUGCUUCCCAGAAAUGUUGUGAUCAGGGAGGUGCAGGAGGAGUGGAAACGAAGGAAUGGAGACAAAUACAUCUAUAUUGAAACAAAUCCUCGCUGCCAACUAAUUCCAAAUAAAGAAUACGAGCUCUUCACAGAUCUUACAGAUGAAUAUCUAAUUCAACCAAAGGAUGCAGAAUUUGUGGAUUUUGAAUCUUAUGAAAACUACUUCCCAACAUUUCAGUUGUUCAUACAAACUGUUGUUGAGCAAGUUAAUCUUCUUCUGAAAGACAAUGGUGGUGAAGAAUCUGUCUGGGAUAGACUUGUCUGGCUUCCAGCCUCACCAACAGAUGUCCCCUCUACAGUUUCAGCUGUUUCCCCUGCAGACCCUCCUGCCAACCCCUCUGCCCCCCCUGGUAGAGCCUUCAUCAGAAGACACAGGAUGGCUCUAGAGACUCGCCUGGGACUCUUACAGCCCAUAUUCCUGCGUCUCCAGGAUCAUGGAGUUCUGAUUCACGAGGAGAGGGAGGAGGUGGACAGCAAAUCCACCAAGACCCUACAGAACCAAGCCCUGCUGGACAUGGUGGUAAGGAAGGGGUCUCGCGCCCAGGAACACUUCUACCAGGUCCUGAAGGAAGUAGAUCCCUGCCUGGUUGAAGACCUGGAAGAGCAGACAGUCUGAGAGGUAACCAUGGAUACAACAGCAUCAGGAUAUAUUAUAUCACUAUACUAAUACAUGCUCUGAAAGAGACAGACAGUCUGAGACAGGUAGCCAUGGAUACAACCUCACAACCUCAGAAGAUAUCAAAACAUUUAUCAGAGACAGAGAGCGGCACUUUGAGGAGGAGCCAUCCUGACCAGAGGUGGUUGGUGUGUAACGUGAUUGGACACCAUUCUCACCAGCACUCCCAUCAAUCUGUAGUUUACUAUACAAGCCCCAGGUCUCAGGCAAGAUGACAUCACUGUGAGGCUACUGUCUACCAGACAACCUACCUGUGUUACUCUGGUACACUGGCUAGACUACAAGAUGAGGGCUACUGUCUACCAGACAACCUACCUGUGUUACUCUGGUACACUGGCUACAGACUACAAGAUGAGGGCUACUGUCUACCAGACAACCUACCUGUGUUACUCUGGUACACUGGCUACAGACAACAAGAUCAGGGCUACUGUCUACCAGACAACCUACCUGUGUUACUCUGGUACACUGGCUACAGACUACAAGAUCAGGGCUACUGUCUACCAGACAACCUACCUGUGUUACUCUGGUACACUGGCUAGAC